GCUGUCCUUAAACUAAAGGAAGACCAAGCGGGACCCAAGUGUGUUCACUGCAGACGGUGAUUCUGCAACUUUUUCGAAAGCGAAAUUUGUUUUUUUGUUGUUGUUUAGGUUGCAUUGAGAUAACUUUUACUUAUAGUUUAUAGUUUGCGGCUUACUUCACUCACCUGACUGAAGGAAAAGUUUAGGGCUCGGAGCAGCUACUUUAGAGCAGAAAGUCGGUCGGUUGGUGAGGUCGGGGCAGUUGUUUCUGCAGGAAUGUCGCAGAAAGAAAGACCCAAUUUUUACCGACAGGAGGUCAACAAGACAAUAUGGGAAGUCCCGGAUCGGUACCAAAACCUGUCCCCGGUGGGCUCUGGGGCUUACGGAUCGGUUUGUUCGGCCUACGAUACAAAGACGGGUUUAAAGGUUGCUGUGAAAAAGCUUUCUCGACCAUUUCAGUCCAUCAUCCAUGCCAAGAGAACCUACAGAGAGCUGCGCCUGCUCAAACACAUGAAGCAUGAAAAUGUUAUUGGGCUCUUGGAUGUCUUCACCCCUGCCACUUCUCUAAAGGAAUUCACGGACGUGUAUUUUGUUAAUCACCUUAUGGGGGCAGAUCUCAACAACAUCGUGAAAUGUCAGAAACUCACAGACGACCAUGUGCAGUUCCUCAUAUAUCAGAUCCUCCGAGGAUUAAAAUACAUCCACUCAGCAGACAUCAUUCACAGAGAUUUAAAACCCAGUAACUUGGCAGUAAAUGAGGACUGUGAGCUGAAGAUUUUGGACUUUGGUUUGGCACGGCUCACCGACGACGAGAUGACUGGCUAUGUAGCCACCCGCUGGUACCGAGCCCCAGAGAUCAUGUUGAACUGGAUGCACUACAACAUGACAGUGGAUAUUUGGUCAGUCGGGUGUAUAAUGGCAGAACUUCUAACUGGACGAACUCUGUUUCCUGGCACAGACCAUAUAAACCAGCUUCAGCAGAUAAUGCGUCUGACAGGAACUCCCCCAGCAGCUCUAAUAAGCAGGAUGCCCAGCCACGAGGCCAGGACCUACAUCAGCUCUUUGCCUCACAUGGCCAAGAGAAACUUUGCGGAUGUAUUCAUCGGUGCUAACCCGCUUGCUGUCGACCUCUUGGAGAAAAUGUUGGUUCUGGAUACAGACAGAAGAAUAACAGCAGCCGAGGCCCUGGAGCACCCCUACUUUGCCCAGUACCAUGAUCCAGAUGAUGAGCCGGAAGCUGAGCCUUAUGACCAGAGCUUUGAGAGCCGGGAUCUCAAUAUUAAGGAGUGGAAACGAUUAACCUAUGAGGAGCUGUGCAGCUUUGAGCCGCCUGUCUUUAACGAGGACGACAUGGAGUGAUGAGAUGAGCAAACUACUUUAAACGUGACAUGUGCAUUAAAUGUUAAACUUUCAGGCAUACGCCAAACUUUAUCAUAUUUUUUAGUCUUUGUACUUUCAGAGGAGGCUAUCAGUGAUUUAAAUGUGAUGAAAUGUGAUGUGAUGAAUAUAAAUACAGCAAAUCCUAUAAGAGCUAUCAUUUUUCUUAUUUAAGAACCACUAAUGUUGAUGGUCUUAUGCAUGGAAAUGUCACAUUUUUUGCCAAAGUCUAAAAUAAGUUUAUAUUCCUGAAAUAUUUUUAACAUUUAGACUUUGAGAACUUAUCACUGUGACACUGAGAUGCUGAAACUUAUUGACCUGUAGAUGUGCUACUUCCUGUUCCCGUCGUGUAAUGGAUGAAUAAGCUUUAGCUUUAGAAAUAAGCUUGUUCGCCCCCUUCUCAACCAAAUCUGUCACACACACACAGUUGGUAAUAUUUUAAAUAAAAAAUAAUCACUUUAAAAAUGUUCAUUUAAUGCAGAUGUAGAUUUAUGGGUUCUAUUGUUUUAGAAAUUAGAAAAAUGCAGUAAAAACCUUUUCUUUGCCGUUUCCGGCUAUAAGUGCACAACUGUUGACCUAAAACAUUUAUUUAUUUAAAUCUAUUUUUUUUAAAGGUUAGAAGAUUAGAUUUUCUGUGAAUGACUUGCUGGAUACAAAAAGGUCAGAGCCCCUUUUCUCUGUGACAAGCAAAAGAAACGAUAUGCCGUAUUUUUUUUUAAGACCAUGGUUAUAAUGAAAUGACCAUAAGCUUGGAAAUGAAAAUGUUUAACUCGUGUUGGUUUACAGAGUUUUCAGUAUUGUUAUAACCAACGGAAAUAACCAUACUCCUGAUCUGUGUAAAAGAGGAAUUUCUAUUUAUAGUAUGUGAGGGUGGUAUUUAUAAGGAUCCAUUUUUUUCCAGUCCUGUAAGACAACUGCAAAAAUCUUCAGUCCUGUAACAAAAAUAAAGACUAAGAGAUUUAUUGGGUGUCUCCUUAUUUGUGAAAUAAUCCCUGCUUGUAUUAUUUGGUAUAACAAAGUAAUGCACGCUGGUAUUUUUUUAAUGAACAGUGACUUUGGUAAAAUAAAGUAAGUUGUAUUGAAA